AUGUCUUCUCCGGUGAUAUCUGAUGAACCAAAGGCUGGACUGAGAAGGGGAUCCAGCUCUCCGCCUCCCCGAUUAGGACGACAACCCGCUCAAGUGAUCUGCCCAACGUGUAAGACACGUGUGAUCACCGAAAUCCAAUGGGCUUGUUGUCCUCCAUUCUCCACUCGUCACGUGUGCCCUCAGUGUAAUGCAAAGAUCUCACAACGAUUAUUAGAUUCGAAUAAA